AAUAAAGUGAGUGAACCAUUAUAAUACUACAACAAGUCUCACUAAAAAACUACGGUUCAAAUGGAUAAUUUUGUUGAAGAAUACGAUUUUUAUUGGGAGACCAACAAGUACAUCCAUACUCAAGAACUUCAAAGUUGGGAGUUUGGAAAUGUUCUAGGGCCUAUAACAUUAUGCUAUAAUGACGACAACAACAACUUGAGCUCGAGCUCCCCUGAUGGUUGUGCUUACUCAAAGACGUAUAUGGCUGAAUCUAAAAAUGUCGUGUCUGAAAGAAAUCGCCGGAAGCAAUUAAAGGACCGUAUUCAUGGUCUCCGAGCAAUUGUUCCUAACAUUAGCAAGAUGGACAAAGCAUCAACAAUCAAGGAUGCAAUUGACUAUAUAAAGGAAUUACAAGAGGAGGAGAGACGAAUCAAAGAAGAUAUAGCAAAACUAGAGCUCAGAAAACAGAACAACAACAAUGAAAGCUCAUCUUGGUGUUCUACAAUUGUGCUUGAACAAGAAUUGUCUACUUUGCUAACCAACAAGAGUAAUAAUGAUCAUGACAAACGAUGCUAUGAUUCCAAUAAUAGUGGAUGCAGAUCAUUUCUCGUAGAGGACUUAAAAGUAGGGGUGUCAUACGCUGGAGGGAGAACUAUUAUAGUGAGCUUGAGCUGCAGUAAUAGAAAUGGGAUAAUGGUGAAGUUGUGUGAACUGUUUGAAUGUUUAAAGCUCAAGGUUAUCACAGCUAAUAUCACUGUCGUUGGCGGAAGAAUUUUGAAGACCAUUUACGUUGAGAUGACGUGGGAUCCGUACGUCCCUCACUUAGUCGAUGCCAUGCCCCAAUAUCUUCUUGAUCACCAGAUGAAGUGGCGUGCCAUGACAGUGCUCAUCUGUUUUGAGUUGGUGGAGGCUCACCUCCCCGACAGAGUCAUGCGACAGUUCGGCCUUUGUCAAGCCAUCCCCGCCCCGUGUGACACGAGUGUCCAGUUGCACAGGACAGACCGACGAGGAAAGGGGGAGGUUAACUGGGCAGUUCAGCAUGCCCCUUACAUUGACAUGUGGGACCAGCGGCUGCAGCACGUCGCGAAUGGUGCGCCUGUCCAAGGCCUGAUGGAGUAUCACGAUCCAUACAUGGUAUGGUACAGGAGCAUUACCCGACGCUUCAUCAACCCUAACUACACCCCACCCUCAACGCAUUACCACCCAGCUUUUGGAGACAUCAGUGGAUAUGCGUCUGAUAUGCUUGCUAUACAUGAUGCACUAGAAGUCUUGAGCAUAUCAUAUCCCACCAUACCGCAGUUGGAUGACAUUCACGCAAUGACUGUGAGUAGCUUACAGAGACAUGGUCAUGGCCAUCUUAUCCCCCAGGGCCGGGACCAAUCACACCGCCGUUCACACCGUGAGGUAGGCAGCAGUAGUAGGGGACAGACUCACACGUCCCCUACAGGGUCCCCCCUGUUUUUUGAUGAUCAGGAAGAUAUCGCCAUCCACAUGUCUGCGCCAUACUCAUCUCAGGAAGGACCAUCUUCCAGCCAACAGACUCCUCCCCAGACCUCUGCCCCAGAUCCUUUCACAACGGUAUCUCAGUACUACCGUCGUAGAAGACCGCGAUUGGAUAGACAACACUUACAUACAAUAGAUGAAUCGGGAUCUUAGAACUUCUUUUGUUAGUUGUAAUCAGAUUCUAUAGUACAUUGUAUCCAAAUAAAUAUUAUCAAUUUUACUAACCUUUUUAGUUCA